GGUUCUUUCUUCUUCCUCCGGGGGUUUCUCCCAGCUCCGCUCACUGUGACGGGACCCCCCGGCCCCAUCACCGUGCCUGUGGGUGAGGAGGAGGUGUUGCCCUGCCGCUACUCCCCGGAGCAGACUGCGCGGGACUUGGACGUGAUCUGGUUUCGGGAAAACGUAUCGCCCUUUGUGCAUCGCUACAAGGGGGGCCAGGACCAGUAUGGGGAGCAGAUGCCUCAAUACCGAGGGCGCACCGAGCUGCUGAAGGACGGCCUCAACAAGGGCCACGUGGACUUGAAAAUUUUCCAUGUCCAACUGUCUGACAGAGGGAGCUACACCUGCUUUGUUGGUGUUGAUUCAGAUUACAACGAGGUUGUGAUGGAGCUGCAGGUGACAGGCAGCGGCUCUACCCCGCUCAUCGCACUGGAGCAGUACCAGGGUGGGGGGAUCCAGGUGUCCUGUCACUCGUCCGGCUGGAACCUGCAGCCCGAGAUGCUGUGGCAAGAUCCUGACGGGCGACAUCUCCCACCCCUCUCAGAAAGGGUUACCCAGGACAAGAGUGGCCUCUUUGCAGCAGAAAGCAGCAUAAUCGCCACCAGGGGUACGAACCAGAAACUCUCCUGCUUGGUCCGACAAGCCCUGCAGAGCCAAGAACGGGAAUCAGCUUUUUACAUCUCAGGUGAGCAGAGGACGAGGGCAUCUCCCGUUAGCAUUCCCAAAGGAGCUGCGCUCGGAAAGCGCCGCUGGGAGAAAAUCUCAGGUGCAUUUUGCAGGCUGUGUCUUCAGCACAUGGAGUGU